AUGCCCCCGGAAUAUGGCUACAAUUUGUACCCAGAAUUCCGCGUUGGCUAUCCGAUGCCUGUAUAUUCGGAAAAUAGACACUACCCAAAUGCGGCAGCCACUACUCCAAGUUCUCGAGAGGCAAAUGAAAAACGAGAACCGCCAAAAAAAUCAAGCCUAUCACCUUCGAAGCUACCUCGACCUACUUCGUAUAACGACUGGUUGAACAAGAUGAACCCGGCCGAUCCGCAUGCCACCUCACCGUCUAACGUUCCUCGCCCGUUUGACGCAGAUUCCAAGCCUUACGUUACCUAUCCGAACGAUCCAUGCAGCUAUUACACUCUGAACGGAAGCACCAGAAUGGGCUCUAGGUGA